CUAUGACUGCACAAACUUCAACUUCAAUUUGUUCGUUGAAGCUGUGCUGCUGGCUGGGUUUUAGAUUAUGUGUUUGCAAUGGAUAAAACUAGCUGUAUUCGGAAAAGACUGAAUGUAUCUCAACUAAAAAGUGAACCAGAAUGUUGUGUCAUUAAUUUGUUGUAAUUUGUGUUGUGAUUAAUGAUUGAUGUAACGAACAAGUGUACGGCAAGAUGGACGAAUUGUCUAAGGGCAUGACACAAACAGGAAGCACCGCUACAACUGACAAAAUUCAAGAAAAUAAUGCAGGCUCGGCGACGCCGGUGGUGUACAUGAAUGAGUCGUGCAUGGAGUGCGAGCGGGUGCGCGCCGCGUGCGAGCGGCUGGGCGCGGUGGCGGCCGCGCCGAGGCCGGAGGCGCUGCCGCCGCCGCUGCCGCCGCCGGCGCCACCCUCCUACCUCGUCACCAACCCCUUCGACGGAGAACUCUUCGACGCAGCACACAGAGCCAAAUACAGGGUGCUGGGCCCGACGGCGGUGCUGCAGCUGGCCGAGCGCGACGAGCCGCCGCCCACCAACGCGCGCCCUCUCUACUCCUUCGCCAUGCGCGGCGCCGUCAUAUGCUUCUCCGGCUUCCGGAAGAAGGAUGAGCUUACGUACCUGAUAAACCUAAUACACUACAUGGGCGGCUCGAUCCGAAAGGACAUGUCGAGUAAAGUGACGCACCUCAUAGCGGCGGCGGCUACCGGUGAGAAAUACCGGUACGCGUCCGGUUUCGGGCUACCGGUGCUGGCCAGCUCGUGGGUCGACGCUUGCUGGCAGCGCCGGGACGACCCCGCAUGCUCUGCCACAGAUGAUGAUAUUAUUAAAGAGCAUAAGCUAAAAGUGUUCGCCGGCGCUCGCGUGUGCUUCGUGGGCUUCCCCGAGGAUGAGACGCAGCAUAUGGCCGAGGUCCUGGCCAGCAAUGGCGGCAGCACCUGUCCGCUCGACGAUCCCGAUUGCACGCACGUCGUAAUGGCCAAUGGGGAGACUUUCGGUCGUUCGCUUAUCCUGUCACCUCACCCGAACACACCCAACUCCUCCGCAAAGCCCUCCCGCGCCACUCCCAAUCGCUCUCAGUCCACUCCCAAAAGCUCUCUCUACCGCAGGCUGUCCGCCAGGCUCUCGGGCCGACGCAACAGCCCUAACGUGCAAAGCGCCGACGCUGUAGACGACCAAGCUCACGACCAAAGGGAAAAACGAAUACAACUCGCAAGAAACAGUAUUAGAGAAAAACAAUUAGCUGGCAAAGACCAGCUCGAUACCAGUAUUAUGUAUGUAGGAAAGUCUUUCUUUGAUGAUAUGUGUUCAAACAACGACAGCAAAAGCCCCUCAAACAUCGAACAUGUUGAGUUAAGGAAAUAUAAAUCUCCUGGCAAAGAAAACAAAGAUAUGUCUCAACUAGCUCACGACACUAAUAAACUAAAUGUUAAGGAUAAACGAGAAGUAUUUAGAAAUAAAUCUAUAAACGUAUUUAAUUUAGUAGAUUGUUUAACGGAGGCGGGAUCUCUCCAUUCUUCCCUGACUAAAAGUUUAUGUGACUUAGAUGCUAAAGAUGAUUUAUUACAACCGAACUCGGCCACUAACAAGGAGUUACAGCAGUCGACCACCACAAUUUCGUCAGGAAAGAAGAGGAGUCGAAAUUCUACUGACUCUAAUUUCCAUGUCAGCUCCGUGGACGCUAAUCUCUCUCCAGACAAAGGGGAAGAGAGCAAUUGGAAGUCGAUAAAAAGAUUAAAAAUCAAAGAUUCCUUCAAGUUUAAGAAUAGGCCUACUAUUUUCAAAAGAACCAAGAAAGAUUCUGUAUCGAAAACUACGGGCGAUAUAACCGUUGAACCGGUGAGCCCAGAGAGUGUAAAGCCGACCGAUCCGGCCGGGGAAUAUAUCGCUUCUACAUCCUCGCCUAUCAGAGAAGACGACAAUACCUCAAUCUGUUCAAUAAAUACUAGUAAACAAUCAGGAUUUUUUGAUAUUUCGUUCGCCUCAAUAAGGAGUUCUAAAACUGUCAAAUCUGCAUCCAAACUACGCAGGAGUGUGAAGUCAUUUACCGCUUCCUUCAGGAGCGAAAGGAAGAAGAAAUACGAAAAGAGGUCCGACAGAAACACAGUCGAAGUCGACGCCUGCCAUUUGCCACCCGAUUUCAGGAACGUAUCUACACCAAAGAGGGAGCUAGACGAGAUGAACUUGGACAUUUCACCCGUGCAAGUGGACACGGUGGACAGCACGGAAAUGACGACCCCGCUGAAAGGGCCCGAGGUAGACGAGCUAGACGAGUCCACGGUUUUUAAAACGCCUCAGAGCGUCUGGCUGAGAGCUCACCGCCACUCGAUAUGCGUGGCGCCCCCUCCCGUCCCGCCCGCCCCGCCCGCGCGCGACCAGCCGCCGCCCGCCUCGUCGCUCCCCAUCCGCGACGCUCGCGCCAUAUCGCAAUGCCAUGGAAUAUCGCUGCCGGUGGUGGACGAGCACAACACAGUUAUCGCGCCGGAGUGCAACCCGCGGGCGCACAUCGUCAAAGCCGAGUGGUUCUGGGCGUCCGUCCAGAACGAGGAGGCGCAGGAUGAGAAGGAUUAUCUGUACAAAGAUUACCUCAGCGAGUUGUCGCGGCGUUCGUCCGUGGGCGGCGCGUGCGCGGGCGCGCUAAGCGAGGAAGGCACGGGCACGCCGGGCGCAGGCGUGGGCUCGGGCAACGCGGGCGCGGGCAGCACGCCGGCCCAGCUGCAGCGGCUUCGCAAGCGCAAGCUGAAAGGAGGCGACGCGGCUUUGCAUAAGAGACGAUCGUCUGUGGGAGAUGCGGUUCUUCUCAGCUUAUCUGGGAACCUUCUGGACUGCACGCCCUCGCCGGAUGGCAAGCAGCUAUUAGAAGAAUCGGAAGUUCCAGACAAUGUUGUCAGGAAAUUGAUGUCCCCUCGACACCAAGUCUUCAUGGAGCUCCUCCAAACGGAAUCCAACUACGUUGGGAUAUUGCAUACUAUAGUCACUAUGUUCAAACAACCCUUGGAAGAAAUGGUGGAGGAGGAAAUCAGUAAUGGGAAAAUUCAAGCAUUGCUCAAUAACACAGAACUGAAAAAUAUUUUUGGAAACUUACCGCCUAUUUAUGAAUUGCAUCAGCGCAUGCUGGAGGAGCUGCGGUUCACGGCGGCGCACUGGAGCGAGGAGGUGAGCAUCGGGCGGCUGGUGCUGCGCUACACGCCCGACAUGCUCAAAGCAUACCCGCCCUUCAUCAACUUCUUCGAGAACACCAAGGACAUGCUGCAACAAUGCGACCGUGAGAACCCAAGAUUUCAUGCAUUCCUAAAAAUCUGUCAGACCAAACCAGAGUGUGGCCGACAAAGUUUACAAGAACUUUUAAUACGACCAGUGCAGCGUCUACCUAGUGUUAGUUUAUUACUCGACGACAUACUGAAGCACACGCACAAGAACAACCCGGACCACGCGCUGCUGGAGUCGGCGCUGGCCGGGCUGCGCGAGGUCAUGUCGCACAUCAACGAGGACAAGCGCAAGACCGAGGGCCAGCUGCAGAUGUUCGACAUCUACAACGACAUCGAGCAGUGCCCGCCUCACCUCGUGUCCUCCCACCGAACGUUCGUGGCGCGCUGCGAGGUGGUGGAGCUGUCGAAAGAGCUGUCGGGGCGCGGCGAUCAUCUCGUAUUGUUUCUCUUCACCGACACGAUGGAGGUGUGCAAGAAAAGAUCCAAAGCUUUUAAUUCUAAAAGUCCUACGAACGGCACAAGCACGAUGAGAAUAGGAUCGAGUAAACCUUACAGGCAUAUAUCGCUAAUGCCGCUAAGUACAGUGAAACGAGUUGUGGAUAUCAGAGAAGCAGAAGACUGUCACAAUGUGUUUGCACUGAUGUGCCGGAGUAACCAGGAGCUGAAAGAGAAAUUGUACUCGUUUAUGAUCACAGACGAAACAGUGGACAAAUCACACUUCCUAAGACAGCUCUGUAGGCAGAUGGCCAACACUGUCUGCAAAGCGGAUGCCGACAAGUUCCUCGCGUGUCUGGAGUCGCAUCAACUAGACAUCGACACCAGUGACCUGGCUCUCAGCACGCUCUCCAAAGUAUCCAAAUUCGCAGCGCGCACACGCAUCAAGCUGGAGGCGCUGGCCGGGCUGGGCGGCUGGCUGCGCGCCGAGCCGGGCGCCGGGCUGUUAGACACAUGGGUAUUGCGCGCUCACUUACUCGCACAGGUGGGGCGCGCGCUGUCGUUCAACAAGACGCCGUCGAAGCUGAAGCGCGCCAUGUCGUCCAUGAUCUCGCCCUUCGGCUCCACCACCAACCUGCCGGCCGCGCAGCUCGCGCAGAUGCGACUCGCCAGUUGUAACAAUAUCAACGAAAUGGGCGCCAGCAGCGGCGGGUGCGCAUCGGGCGGCGGCGACGUUCUUGUCGCACCAUUGUCGGUGCAGCCCACGCGUAAGGCCGCCGCGCAGGCCGCCGCCGCGCUGCGCCGCUUCUGACGCCGCACCAGCCGCGCCUGACCGCGCGCCCGGGACUGAAGGACAUUAUCGAACGUUCGCGGAGUGGGGCCAGUGUCGCCGUCAAGUCAAAAUAGUGCACCGUCUCGACUUCUUACUACACACGAGCAGCUAUCGAGACUGUUGCAAUCGCAUCGUGCUUUUAUUGUGAAUUCGUACACGGGCGAGUGCAAAAUCGGUUCGAGAUGUUUCGCUGUUUUUAUUUUACUGUGCCACAGUGCUGUACCGGCGGGCCCGAACGGACAGUGUGCUAGGAGUGCCUUCGUACGCUAUGAGCGUUUGGAACGUAGUGAGAUAGGCGCGGUCGCGUGCCCCGGCCUCGCACCGUCGACGGUGAGUGAGCCCGGGCGUCUAUGCUAAUGUUAUUGUUAUUAUGUGUGUCUCUGGUCUAACGAUAGACACUCGUCACAAAUCGUUGCGAUUUUACGAAACGUAGCCGCAGAUUGAUUUUACGUAAUUUAUUAUAUUUUCUCCACUAUUGUCGGAAGUUUGUCGCAGCUCCGUUUUGAAAUCGAUCAGGGGCCGGCGCGGGAGUGAAUCGUAACAAAGCGCGCCGGCUCGCGUGUCGCGUCGGAAUAUUUUUAUGAUAUUAUUAUUUGAGAUAGUCUCCCGAGAGUAAUAUGUACAUAUUGUGAUAUUUUAAUUUAAUCGUGAAAUAGGCAUCGUAGGUUUAAAGUAGUGAUGUAAUCUAUACCUACCUUCGUGCUGUUGGUUGAAGCGUUCUCGUGGUCGCCGGGCGGCGCGGCCGGUGGGCGCCGCGCCCCCGGCCGUAGGUCUCUGAGUCUCAUCACGGCUACAUCAUGUAUCGGCAAUCAUUAAAGUGUACGCAUGUCGAAUGCAUUGUACAAAGAUCUAUAUUUAUGAAUAUUUUAAAUGAUUGAUACAAUAAACAUUUAUUUUCAGUCAAA